AUGAAGAAAAAGCCCCUGAAACUUCAAACCGAGAAGGAGAAAAAGCUGCGACGCAAGGAACAGGCGAAGAUCGCGAAGGCUCGUGCCCAGGCAAAGGCAGCAGCGGCCGCGGCGGCUGCGCUUACGAGGCCUGUUGCUGCAGUGGCUCAACCUAUCAUCCACAACGGUCUUGUUGUUCGUGGCACCCAGGCGGAGCUUCGUGGCGACCACGUGUCGCAUCAAGACAUCUCGUUCCUGGACUCGAUGUCGGGAGGUCAGCUGGAUGAACACAUCCGCUCGCUAAGGUUCAACUUCUGCGGCCACAUUACGAUCACCGAGCUGAAGAACCGACUGAUGCCGCUGCUCCAGAAGCUGAUGGACAGCGAGUACGGCUGGACGUUCAAUAAUCCAGUGGAUCCUGUGCAGUGGAACAUCCCCGACUACUUCGAUAUCAUCAAGUGCCCGAUGGACCUCGGUACGAUCAAGAAGCGACUGGAAGCGGAGCACUACAACAGCGUGGAAGCGUUCGCUGGCGACGUACGACUGGUCUUUGAGAACUGCAUCGCGUAUAACAGCAGCACAAACAAGUUCAACAUUGCGGCAAAGCAGCUACUGGCCUCGUUUAACAAGUCGUUGGCGUCGCUGAAGAAUCAGCUGGAGAAGCAGCUCUUUAAGCGCUGCGAGCAACGUCGCGAGGAGAUGUGUCAGCUGUGUGGUGGAGACUCGUUCAAGUUCGCACCCUGCAUGCUCUUCUGUAGCGGUCCGUGUGCCGGUCGCAUUCGUAGACAUACGCACUACUACAGCGACCCUCGUGGAGAGCACCAUUGGUGCUCGAGUUGCUACAAGCAGAUGAAGGAUGGUCCGAUCGACCUGUCGCUCUUGCCCCAGCUGUCCAGUGCGGCUACGGAGGUGGCUCCUCCUCCUGGAGCGAUCCCAUUCGACGGCGUGUUGAAGAAAUCGUCGCUGGUGAAGCGCAAGAACAGCGAGGUGGCCGAAGAACCGUGGGUGGAGUGCGACUCGUGCAAGUUGUGGUAUCACCAGAUUUGCGCGCUGUUCAACGAGCGCAACCACGCGAUUUCUGGUGAGCAGGAGCCGUUCGUGUGCCCGAUUUGCGUCAAGAAGCAACGCAUUGCGGGCGUGAAGCCGUCGAUGGACAACGGACUCAAGGCCAAGCGACUUCCCAUCACACGUAUGGCCAAGUUGAUCGAGACGCGUGUGAUGGAGGCCAUCGAACAGGCAGGCAAGGACGAGGCUGUGCGCAUGGGGAACAUGGGCAAUUCGGACAGCAUCGGCUUCUCGAACGGCGUCAAGGAGUCUAGAUCUGACACGCAGUAUGGAAUCACGAUCCGCGAGGUGCUCAGUAUUGAUAAACAAGUCCAGGUGAAGCCCAGGAUGGGCAAGUUGCUGGCAGGGAAGUAUGAGAAGGCCAAGAAGGGUGAUACCGUAGCAGCUGCAGGCCAGACGAAGUCACUGAAAAGACCCAGAGCGACGUCUGCUGCAGACAAGAAGGCCGCGUCGGCGUCAGCGUCUCUGUCAUUGCAGCUGACGUAUCGCUCGCGAUGUAUCUGCGUCUUCCAAGAACUGGAUGGUGUCGACGUUCUCAUCUUCACGCUGUACGUACAGGAAUAUGGACCCGACGCGCUGUCGCCCAACGCUGGACGUGUGUACGUGUCGUAUCUGGACUCGGUCAAUUACUUCCAGCCCAAGAAACUACGCACAUUGAUGCACCAGCAAGUGAUGCUUGGCUUCCUUGAGGACUGCAAGAACCGCGGCUUCCACACGUGCCAUAUCUGGUCCUGUCCGCCGCUGAAAGGUGACGACUACAUUUUCUUCUGCAAGCCAGAGAACCAGAAGAUCCCAAAGUCGGCGCGACUGCGUGGAUGGUACCAGAAGCUGCUGCAGCAAGCCAAACACGACGGACUGGUGGUCAACAUUUCGAACUUGUACGCUGAAUACUACAUGAAGAAGAAAGCAGCCCACGAACUGCCCUACUUCGAGGGGGAUUACUGGCCGCGACUAGCGGAAGAUCUGAUCAAGCAACUGGAAGAGAAAGACCACGGUAACCGAGCGAAGACCGGUGCUCCAGACGCGAGUCCUAGUGGGGCGAAGACGCCUGCGAAUGGCUCCAAGACUCCCAUCUCUCGAUCUCCGUCGCCUGCGAUGACGCCGAGCUCUAAGAGCAAGAGCAAGCGCAGCAAGAAGAGCACGGCCACGGAACCGUCUGUGACGCGGAGCAGUGCGUCGAAGGCUCGCUCCAAGAAAAGCGAGAAGUCGUCGCGCUCCACGAGCAGCUCGAAGAACGUGGUCAACAACGACCCGCUCAUGCAGAAGCUGAAAGGCAUUCUGGAGCCUCAGAAGGAGGAUUUCUUCGUCGUGGACUUGUAUCCCAAGUGCCACAAGUGCGCAGUUCCUAUCGUGCAGGACGGAUAUUGGGAGUUGAAGACGAUCCCUCCACCUGCUUCGGUCAAUAAUCUACUGGAGGCUGCUAAGAAGUCGCGCUCGUCGUCAUCCAGCUCGCGUAACUCGCCACCGCGUCACUAUCGCUACUUUUACUGCAAAUCGUGCUACGAGACCAACAAGACGCAGCUACUGCAUCGUGUGGAGGUGUCUGGGAACUGCGCAAAGCGUGCGAAGGAGCUGAGUGAGCGUAUCUUGCCGCUCAACGAGAAGGCGGCAGCGGCUGAGCUGGCGGAGCUGGAUCUGCAAGAGAUCAAGAAGGUGCAGAGGUGGAGAAGAAGAAACAAGCUGAAGUGA